AUGCAACAACCAAUAUUUAAUAUAAAUAAUGAUAUAAAUGAAAUAAAUAAAGAUUUGAAAAAGUCUCUGUUGUCACUAAAAAACAGGCUACAGUCAAUCGUUCAUGAUCAAUACUUUGUCAGGACUGUACACAGGUCCUUGCUGUAUCCAUUAAUUGCCAAUGAAAGAUGUGGUCUAUGGUAUGUUCCGUUAAACGAUAGAUUAGACACAUGUUAUUUCAAGUCAACAGAUGGGCAUACCAAUGUGUGGUCUUUUUCUUUGCGUAGAUUGAACUUGCAUCUUUUGCCUAUUAUUUUAGAGCAUGGUGGUGUCGUGAUAGUUGAUUCUACAAGAAGGGGGAAACUAAUGCCCGAUGCGUUGCUGAAAACAAUUCCCAUUUGGUGUGCUGUUUUGAAUUCUGUCAUUUUUGGAACCGGCGAUUGGCUAAGAACGCCGUCUAGUAUGGUCUCAAAAAGUGAACAUAACUCGAUUGAGAAAUUGAUUCCAUCGUUUGUGGCAUCAGUAAAACAGAUGAAGUUGCUUGAAGGGUUUAAACUAGACAAGCCCCUAAUUCCUUCUUGGUACUAUCCCGGGGCUAGCUUGAAUAGCAAUUUGGACGAAUCGGUGUACAAUAUCUGUUGCAUAUCUGCAUCCAGAAAAGUUGAUGUGCACAAACGAAUUGACAUCAGAACUGGUAAUGGUACUAUUUCGUGUGAUUACAUCCAAGGCUCGGCUGAUGAUCAUGAGUUAUGGGUUCCUUCAUCAUUGUGCAAUGGGAAGUUUGGAGCUGAUGUGUUUUGGAGUAUGGCGGGUGAUUUAUUAGAAGAUGGUUAUAUAAAAUGUGGAGAGACAGAAUUGAUAGAAAAGAUCAAUAGUUUAUAUAAUCCCGUGGAUGGCUCCAUGGAGAUCUUCAAACUUGGCGAAACUGGAAUUUCGAUUGGGAAGUUGGAGGGAGAUGCCAAAUUUAGUCAGGUUAAUACAAAUAUCAUUUUAUUUCAUGAAGAAUAUACCAUUACUGAUAUACCUAAAGACAGACAAAUUUUACAGUACUCGAUUUCUAGCAACAAAAAGGGCUCAAAUAAGUUCAGAGAGAUAUUGCCCAAAAUCAAAAUAGACUUGCCGUGUACCAUUUUAUGUGAUACAGGACGUGAUCUAAGUGUUGGUAUGGCUUUGGUGCUAUUGUGUUUAAAUUUUGAUUUGAACUGGUGUCCGACUACAACCCCUCCAACAGUGACGAAAACUCUAAUCAAGCAACAUUUGAGUAAGAUUUCGCAAAUAUGCAAAGUCAAUCCCAGUAGAAGCACUCUUCAAAGUGUAAACACCUUUUUAUUUUAG